CCAAAAAAAAAAAAAAAAAAAACCCAAGGGGACAAAUCACGACGCAGGUACAUAUCACGGAGUGCGAGAGACGAAAUGAAGAGAGCUCCGCGAUUCAAACGAGUCGCCGCUAAAACCCCCAAGCGGCCAACACUCUCAAACCGACCCAGCGAUGACGACGACGACGACGACCAAACUCCGCCGAGUCAACCCGAACCCGACUCAACUCCAAUCCCAGAGAUUCCUGCGGAUAAAAUGACCAUCUUGCCCUACACAUUCUUCCAGAUUGACGCCCUAGACCUCGCCCCGCGUUUGCUCGGCAAGUUCCUUAGGAGAGACGACGUUGUUCUUCAGAUUACCGAGGUUGAAGCUUACAGACCAAAUGAUUCGGCUUGUCACGGUCGAUUUGGCAUAACACCAAGAACAGCCCCUGUUUUUGGACCAGGAGGGCGUGCUUAUGUUUAUCUUUGCUAUGGUCUUCAUUCGAUGCUGAAUGUUGUUGCUGACAAGGAGGGAGUCGGGGCGGCUGUUCUAAUACGUGCUUGCGCUCCAAUUAGUGGAUUGGAGACCAUACAGCAACGUCGAGGGCAGAAGACUAGUAAGCCUGUUCUCCUUAGUGGACCAGGAAAGAUCGGUCAAGCCCUGGGACUUUCUACAGAAUGGUCUAACCACCCCCUCUACACUCCUGGUGGUCUGGAAAUCUUAGAUGGUCCCCCACCUGAAAACAUGUUGAUUGGUCCGCGUGUAGGCAUCAACUAUGCUUUGCCUGAGCACGUCAAUGCGUUGUGGAGAUUUGCAAUUGCAGGUACCCCUUGGAUAAGUGCUCCGAAGAACACUCUCCGGCCACCGUCAUCUUAAAUUAUGGGCAGCAUGGAUUCCGUAAAGGUACUUUUGGAGGGAAAGAAAAGGUUCCAUGUAAUUAUGUCUGCUCCAAGCCUUUUUCUUGUUUCUGUGUGUACAUUAUCUUGCACAUAGCUAUUUGGAACCUAUUGUAGUCACUUUGGGAUUGAACUUAAAAGAUAUUAUGUAAGUUCAGGCAAUCCGUUAGAUGCAGAAUUGAACUUUGAACUUGGGGCGUCGAGUCGUGUAGUGUCUGAAGCAAACGUUGUCAGCCCUAUACAGCUGUCUAUAUGUAGGAAUCUCUCCCAAGUUAAUGCUUUUUUCUUUUUUCUUUGGUCAGAAUAUACGCUAUUGUGGAGAGCUC